GCCAAGACUCGCGCUUCCGUUUUGCCCCAGGAUCCGGGCUGUCGCGGAUGGGGCUCCGUAGCCCCCCCCUACCCCGGUAAAUUUCAUACUCAGAAACAGUUAUCUUGAACACGCUUCCAAAUUGUUACUAUCAACUACAAUUCAUUAAGAAGCUAAGCACAAUGCAGGCGCAGUCUACGCCCCGCCUAGGCAAAGCAGCUCGGCGAACGAGUUGGAGUGGAGCAGCACCGCGCUGCCGCUCAUGGACAGCACCACAGCCGCCUUUCCAACCAGUGACGUCGACGUCGCCUUCUGGGCAACAGCACCACCAGCGUAUCGCAUGUAAUGCGUUUGUGGCGUCUCUGCCCGACAUGCAAGGAGCGCAAACAAUGACUGUUGACGCAGCUGUCGAGGCUCCGUUCAGUCACACGACUGGCACCGCGGCGAAGGUCGUUCUCAGGUUCAUCUCGGCGCUCAAUGCCCGCGACCUGAGCGGCAUGCUGCAGCUGGUCAGCGACGACUGCCACCACGUGGACCUCUCGCACGAGGCCGAGGGCCACUGCAAGGAGGAUGUGGCUCGCUUCUAUGCGGACGUGGUUGCGUCCAUGCCCGAGAAGGUGCAG